AGAGAGAGAGAGAGAGAGAGAGAGAGAAAGGGAAUGAGAGACGUGCUGUCAGAGUGAGAGCUGGAGGACAUGCAUCCAUUUCUACACAAUAUCAGACUAUCGCUACUUUCACCGUUAUUCAUAUCCAGAUGCUACUUUAAAGCGCUUUUCUUCACAUGAGGCGAAUAAUGGUAAUUAACACAACGGGUGGAUGUAUUUCCUGAAAUAUUAAACAGCGCACUAAAUCCCUUUCCCGCAAUUUAUUUUCCGCUUUUAUUUGGAUCCUUGUUCAGGUGUUAAACGCAACAGCUUUCGUCUGUAGGAGUCUCGUUUUAAGAAAUAGCGGUUUAUACUUCUGUCGUUAAAAACCCGGAAUCACUGCUUGACAACGGAGCGGAGAAGAAACGCUGGCAUGAUUUUGACAACAUGAAAAAGAAAAAGUGUGGAGGAAUAUUGUUGCACUGCUUUUGAAAUCACCAUAUGAAGGUGGAGAUAGACUGACAGGAGAGAGAGUUGAGGAGCAGAGCACAAACAAACCUGCUGGAGCCUGGUUGCCAUGGAUCCCCCUCCCUCUCUGAGUCUGGCCCUUCUCAGCGGGAGCGAAGACGAAGAGCAACGUCUGCCCCUCCCUCUCGGUGGUCUCUCCCAUGCCUCCCUCUCUGGCAACUACCCUGGGACCAACCACUCGAAUCACACGGGAGGCAACAGCAGCCUGGAGCGUCUCAAUGGCACUCCGUCGCCCACCACGCCAAACCUUCCCCCGGCAUCGCUGCCCAAGUUGCCCCUGUCCACAACACCCCAGCUGUCCACGCCAAUCCCCAACGCGCUCCACCCCACCAGCACGCCGCUCUCCUCCUGCCUGGGCAGUCAACACAGCCUAAGCGGGGAGACUUCGCCCGUCUACAAUGCGCUGUUCUACUCUUCUCAUUCGCCUUCCACUGAGCGAGAGCAGAGGGAGCGAGAGAGGGGGUGUAAGCACAGGCAGGCCAGUCCCCUGGUGCACAGGCGGGACAGUAACCCCUUUACCGAGAUCGCCAUGAGCUCGUGCAAGUACAGCGGCGGUGUGAUGAAGCCACUCAGCCGCCUCAGCGCCUCCCGCCGGAACCUCAUCGAGUCCGACAGCGGAAGUGACACCAAAGAGGGCGGGGCGAGCGUGAGCCAGGCGACUGCGGCCUCCUCUCAACACAGUCAGUCGCAAUCCCAGAACCCCCCAGAGAUCGUCAUCUCCUCGAAAGAGGAUGCGCCUUACGGACACGCUUACGAACUCGAGGCCUCGGCCAAUCAAAUGUCCAUCUACCACCAGAACCACGCCCUCUCUGACAGCAGGGGGGUGCUUGGGGGCGUGGCUGGGGGCGGGACUAAUGGAAGGAGGGGCGGCGCUGUCGUGGGAGGCCCGGGAAGGACCGCUUCCAAAGCCCCUAAACGUAAGAAUCAGAACAUUGGCUACAAACUAGGCCACAGGAGGGCGCUGUUCGAAAAGAGGAAGAGACUUAGUGACUAUGCGCUCAUAUUCGGCAUGUUUGGCAUUGUUGUCAUGGUGAUUGAGACCGAGCUGUCCUGGGGUGUCUACAGUAAGAGCUCCAUGUAUUCACUGGCGUUGAAGUGUCUUAUCAGCCUUUCCACCGUCAUUCUUCUUGGACUAAUCAUCGCUUACCAUGCUCGAGAGGUGCAGCUCUUCGUCAUUGACAACGGUGCGGACGACUGGCGGAUCGCCAUGACCAUGGAGCGAGUGCUGCUUAUCGCUCUGGAGCUGAUCGUUUCUGCGGUUCACCCGGUGCCGGGGGACUUCAAGUUCAUGUGGCGGGCGCGACUGGCCUUCUCCUACGCUCCCUCGCAGGCGGAGGCAGAUCUAGACAUGGUGCUGUCUGUACCCAUGUUCCUUAGACUCUACCUCAUCGCCCGAGUCAUGCUGCUACAUAGCAAGCUCUUCACCGACGCCUCCUCCCGCAGCAUAGGGGCACUCAACAAGGUGCAUUUUAACACACGGUUUGUGAUGAAGACCUUGAUGACCAUAUGCCCGGGCACGGUGCUGCUGGUCUUCAGUAUCUCCCUGUGGAUCAUUGCUGCCUGGACCGUAAGAGUGUGUGAGAGAUACCAUGACAACAUGGAUGUAACCAGCAAUUUCCUUGGAGCCAUGUGGUUGAUCUCAAUAACUUUUCUAACCAUUGGAUAUGGGGAUAUGGUCCCCAACACAUACUGUGGGAAAGGAGUCUGUCUCCUCACCGGCAUCAUGGGAGCCGGAUGCACUGCUUUGGUGGUCGCUGUGGUCGCAAAAAAACUGGAAUUAACCAAAGCCGAAAAACAUGUACAUAACUUCAUGAUGGACACCCAGCUGACAAAAAGGGUGAAAAAUACGGCUGCUAAUGUACUCAGGGAAACAUGGCUAAUCUACAAACACACAAAGCUUGUGAAGAAGAUUGACCAUGCCAAGGUCCGGAAACAUCAGCGCAAGUUUCUGCAGGCCAUUCACCAGUACGUAUUUUUUCUGCGACAUUUAAUCUCUAUAAUCUUCCUUUUGCCACAUGCGCCGUCUGGAUUUGUAUUUUAUAUGAGAUCUGAUAUAAAUCUACAUUUUAUGGUGCUUAAAACUGGAUUUAGUUCAAGUUCUCGCUUUUCAAUUUAGAGAAUCUACUCACAUAAAGUUUUUUUUUUAUUUUUUAUAUGGAGUUUUGGAAACGGAAUCGAACCUUUUAGACUGAAUAGACUGUACCUCGUAUUUCUUUUCUAAUUUAUUGCCACUGCAUUUCUAGAUCUUGGGAGUUUCACCUGUCUGAUCAUGCGAUGAAAUCUUGAUGCUGAUGAUGCAGAAAAUAAAAGAAGUUAGGGCUAGUGCACAAAUUGAAUAUCAGACGUAAUUGUGUGCAUAAAUAACCGAAUGCAAUUUUUGGUUAAAAAUGACUGUCUUGGCGAGAUGCUUAAAAAAAACAUAAUAGUUCUCACAAUAUUAAUCCAGUGCAUUGGAACUUAAAGUGUAAAUGCAGCAUGCCACUGCUUAUUAUCAUGUUAAUAUUGAUCAAACAGUAAUUUUGGCAAAGAAGACUGCUGCUAAUUAUUUCUUUGUUCUUUAUUGCUGACUGUCUAUUUGUUUACUUAAUUGAGAUGUACUCAAAGGCUUUAUGCCGUUGCUUUAUAUUUAAUUUCUUAAGUAAAAGAAUGUGUUUCAUUGCGUAUUAGUUUAUUCUUUGAAACUUUUAUGGAGCGUAAUGAAAUAUCUUUGUUAUUGUGACAUCCCUAGUGUCGACAGUAACUUGGAUGCAUGAGAGAGAUGUUGUUUUCCCAUAUUGUUCAAUAUGAUGAGAAAAANUAAGUUACACAAAAAUGUUGCUUAAAUGGCCUGGUGAUGGAAAUCGAAUUACAGGGCUGUUGUUGUUGUUUUUUUGUUUCAAGUCAGUUGUAAAAGUUUUUUGGUGUAGUGUGCAACUUGAGGUUUUUAAAAAAUGUAUUCUGUGUUCCAUUUGUUUUGCCUUAAAUCACUGCAGAGCUCAGAAGUAAGUCAUGUCUUCUCUUUUUCCUUACAUUUGGAACCCUUUUUCAUUUUUAUAAGUCUUAUUCAGCAAUAUCAACCAACAUGAUGAACAUUGCAAACGUUUGAAGCUGGGCACCAUUUUUAUUAAGCAUUGAUAUCCAUUAAUGGUGUUUGGAUGAAAUACAUUUACAUGGUAUACCAACCUGUUAUGGUACUUGGAGGGAAAGGUUCUUCACAUCUUCUCAGCUUCAAAUUUAUCAGAUGCCACAAUGUCAGAAAUUCAUUCAUCUAGCCUGUACCAGAUUUCCACAGAACCUCGCACUGCACUUUUAGUCUUUCAGAUCCAUUUAAUCGCGUUAACAUGCACAAUCUGCUAGUCUGCUGGUCUGCAGUGUUUUCUUGCAAAUACAAAUCUAUUGCAAAUCAUUCUUAUGGAGAUACUUAUGGAAAGAGAUACCAAAUGUGAAUGCUAUUAGACUGCAUGAGAACUUUAGAUUUAGUACUCGUUUCCUUUCCCUUGGUUGGUUCACGUUCAAACGGAUAAAUCCCAUAAAAAUAAAUAAUAAUAAUAAAUUCUGUCAUUUACUCUGCAUUGUGUUGUUCCAAAUUCAUACGGCUUCUUUAAUUUAACAGACUGUUUUUGAGAACGUGAAUGUUUAUGAGAAAAUUUCUGUGAAUUGGUCAUUUUAAUCAGACUGAAUUCAGUAAAAUAAGUAGUUGACCGUUUAAUAAAUAUCCUUACAGAAAUUG